UUCGCAUCUUCAUAAAUUUUAUUAUUGAAACGACAGAAAUUUGCAGAAAUUGUGAAGCAUAAGCUGUAAAAGGAGGAAUGCAAUGAAGCAUAAGUAGUCUGACAAAUCUCGUGUGUUGUGUCUGCAUGAAAAAGUAAAUAUUGAGAAAAACAGGGGAAGAACAGAUGACUGUGGAGGAGCAACGAGUGACUGUGAUUGGGGAGAUCAUUCAGGCACUCCUCAGGGCACACCACCAGGGUGUCGAUGUGAAUCUGAAUGCCUUGAAAGCUAGCAUAACCUCCAGAUAUGGCCUGGAGAAGACUCCUCGUCUAGUCGACAUAAUAGCGGCGAUACCGGAAGAUGCCAAGCCUAUUUUGCUGCCGAAAUUGCGAGCAAAGCCCAUCCGCACCGCCAGUGGAAUCGCCGUUGUGGCUGUCAUGUGUAAGCCCCAUCGCUGUCCUCAUAUCAACUUCACGGGCAACAUUUGCGUGUACUGCCCAGGAGGUCCGGACAGUGACUUCGAGUACUCGACGCAGAGCUACACUGGUUUCGAGCCGACGUCCAUGCGCGCAAUCCGGGCGCGCUAUGAUCCCUUCAUUCAGGCGUACAAUCGCGUGGAGCAGCUGAAGCAACUCGGCCACUCUGUGGACAAGGUGGAGUACAUUGUGAUGGGCGGGACAUUCAUGAGUCUUCCUGAGGAUUAUCGUGACUACUUCAUCAGGAAUCUUCACGAUGCCUUGUCUGGCCACGCGAGCGCCAAUGUGGCUGAAGCUGUGCGGUUCUCAGAGCGCUCCAAGGUGAAGUGCAUUGGGAUAACCAUAGAGACACGCCCAGACUAUUGUCUGAAGAGACACCUCAGCGAUAUGCUGAACUACGGAUGCACUAGGCUGGAGAUUGGCGUUCAAUCCGUUUACGAGGACAUUGCGAAGGACACUAAUCGAGGGCACACUGUGAAGGCGGUCUGCGAGAGCUUCCACAUGUCCAAAGAUGCCGGUUUCAAGGUGGUGUCGCACAUGAUGCCCAAUCUGCCGAAUAUGGAUCUCGAGCGGGAUAUUGAGCAGUUUGUGGAAUUCUUUGAGAAUCCCGACUUCCGGGCGGACGGCCUCAAAAUCUAUCCGACCCUCGUGAUCCGCGGCACAGGUCUGUAUGAGUUGUGGAAGACGGGGAGGUACAAAUCCUACCCACCGUCCACUCUGGUGGACCUCAUCGCCACCAUUCUGGCCUUGGUGCCACCGUGGACGAGGAUCUAUCGCGUGCAGAGGGACAUCCCCAUGCCUCUGGUCACGUCUGGUGUGGAGAAUGGAAAUCUGCGCGAAUUGGCGCUGGCCAGGAUGAAGGAUCUCGGCACGGCUUGUCGCGAUGUGAGGACUCGCGAGGUGGGCAUUCAGGCGAUUCACAACAAUAUUCACCCCAACGAAGUGGAGCUCAUUCGACGAGACUACGUGGCCAAUGGUGGUUGGGAGACUUUCCUGGCGUACGAGGAUCCCCAUCAGGAUAUUCUCAUUGGCCUGCUGCGCCUGAGGAAGUGCUCCGCUGAGACCUUCAGACCAGAACUCGUGGGCGACUGCUCGAUUGUGCGGGAGCUGCAUGUGUAUGGAAGCGUGGUGCCGGUGAAGGCGAGGGAUCCCACCAAAUUCCAGCACCAGGGAUUCGGGGUGCUGCUGAUGGAGGAGGCCGAGAGGAUCGCUCGCGAGGAGCACGGCAGCUCAAAGAUAUCAGUGAUCUCGGGCGUGGGCACGAGGAAUUACUACAGGAAGCUCGGAUAUGAACUUGAUGGACCCUACAUGAGCAAGUCUCUGUGAAUGUAUAUAAUUUCGAGAGCAAAUAUACGAAAUUUAAUAUAUUGCACACAUGCGUUGUGUGAAG